CUGUGAGGAAUGAUGGAUGAUAAUAUAUGGAGCAGAUAUUUAUAUAGUACAAAAAAUAUAUGAAAGCUUUGUGAAAUGAAAGUUAAUAAAUUAUAAAAAAUAUAUGAAGCAGAUGUUCUUGUGUUUUCACUCCAACAGCCAAAGUCCCUGUGAUUCAACCCCAUUUCAUAGAGAUUACAGAAAGAGAAAGUAAUUUUCCAUUUACAAAUACUGUUCCGUCAAAGUUCAAACUCUUGUUCUUUUCCAUGCCUUUAAAAACAUAAACCUCCAUGUGGAGGCAAAGCUAAGUAACACCAAACAAAAUUUUCCCAUUAUUUUUAUUUUAUUUUUGUUUUCAGGUUUUUGUUUCUGACGGAUAUGAUCUCGACUUCAAAACCAAGCCAAACCUCCAAAACUCAACAAAACAAAGUCUCAUGUCUUUUUCUCUUUAACAACACCUUCUUAUAGACCUGAAUAUAUAUAAACUUCCAUGGAAACCCCCUUUAAAUGUUUAGCCUGAAUGCUAAGCAAGGUUAGGUAACUGACAGCUACAGUUUAAAACACACCCUUUGUCACGGCAUUUUCUUACUUGGGUUUCUCCCUAUUCCUCUGUUGUCAGUUCUUCUUCAGCUUGAACUCAAUACCAUUUGCAAAAUAAAUUGUGAAGAAGAACUUUAGAGCAUCACCUGGAGGCUUUAUUUUUGGUUCUGCUUGCUUGCUUUUAGGUUUUUGCUGUUUAUUUGUUCUCUUCUCUCUCAGACAGGAAACAAAAUGCAGCUUCAUAUCUCUCCAAGUUUGAGGAAUGUAACAGUACUUCCAGGCAAAGGUGUUAGAGAAUUCAUCAAAGCCAAGGUUGCUUCCAGGAGGGUUUCUUUUCGAAUGCUUUUCUGUUCACUUCUCUUCUUCACAUUACUUCUUUGGUUUGUCUUUGUUUUGUCAACUGUUGAUACCAUUGACGGAGAUAAUUCCAAGUGUUCCACCAUAGCUUGCUUGGGAAAAAGGAUAGGACCAAGGAUCUUGGGAAGAAGGAUUGAGUCAAAUGUCCCUGAGGUGAUAUACCAAAUACUGGAUGAACCAGUAAGCAAAGAUGAAUUACAGGGAAAAACUGGUAUUCCUCAGACAUUACAAGAGUUUAUGGCUGAAAUGAAAAAAAGCAGAUCAGAUGCAAAAACCUUUGCUCUAAGGCUUAGAGAAAUGGUAGUUCGACUUGGACAAAGAGCCAGAACAGCCAAAAUCCAAGAAUAUUUUUACCGCCAUGUAGCAUCAAGCAGCAUACCAAAACAGCUGCAUUGCUUGGCCCUAAAGCUAGCCAAUGAGCACUGCAACAAUGCAGCUGCUCGCCUUCAGCUCCCCUCAGCAGAACUCGUCCCUGUCCUUGUCGACAACUCUUACUUCCACUUCGUCCUUGCCUCAGAUAAUGUGCUUGCAGCUUCAGUUGUUGCAACAUCCCUUGUUAAAAACGCAUUAGGCCCUGAAAAAUUUGUACUACACAUAAUAACAGAUAGGAAAACUUACUCCCCUAUGCAGGCCUGGUUUUCUUUGCAUCCUUUAGCGCCUGCUAUAAUUGAGGUUAAGGCAUUGCAUCAAUUUGAUUGGCUUUCAAAAGGGAAGGUGCCUGUUCUGGAAGCAAUGGAAAAAGAUCAAAGAGUAAGGUCACAGUUCAGAGGGGGCUCAUCAGCAAUUGUAGCGAAUAAUACUGAGCAGCCUAGAGUUAUUGCAGCAAAACUACAAGCACUCAGUCCCAAGUACAACUCCUUGAUGAAUCACAUUCGGAUACAUUUACCCGAGUUAUUUCCCAGCCUCAACAAAGUAGUCUUCCUAGACGAUGACAUUGUGAUACAGACAGAUCUUUCACCUCUAUGGGACAUUGAUAUGAAUGGAAAAGUUAAUGGAGCAGUGGAAACAUGUAGGGGUGAAGAUACAUUUGUCAUGUCGAAGCGGUUGAAGAGCUAUCUUAACUUCUCCCAUCCUUUGAUUGCAAAAAAUUUUGAUCCUAAUGAAUGUGCAUGGGCAUAUGGCAUGAACAUUUUUGAUCUUGAGGCUUGGAGGAAGGCCAACAUUAGCCUUACAUACUAUCACUGGCUUGAGCAGAACUUGAAAUCAGACAUCAGUUUAUGGCAACUUGGUACUUUACCCCCUGGUCUAAUUGCAUUCCAUGGUCAUGUUCAUGUUAUUGACCCUUUUUGGCACAAGUUGGGAUUGGGGUACCAGGAUAAAACAACUUUAGCUGAUGCUGAGAAAGCUGGGGUCAUCCAUUUCAAUGGCAGAGCAAAGCCUUGGCUUGACACAGCCUUCCCUCAACUUCGACCUUUGUGGGCUAAGUACAUUGAUUUCUCAGAUAAAUUCAUCAAGGAUUGUCACAUUAGGGCAUCCUAACGUGGAUUUUGAGAGAGUAUAGUAACCAUAAUGAUGAUAAAAUAUGUUUGUAUGUAAGAAAGGGAAGGGAAAGUUCUUUAAAAAUUCAAGGCCUUCAACACAGAUUCUGAAAUGAUAACAGCAACAGGCUUCUGAUUUUUUGAAACUCUUCUUCCCUGGUUGUGAAAUCCAUCACUCACUCUUCCCUUCUGACGAUUUCUCUUUUUUGUUUUUAAUUUGUUUUCCCUUCUGUAUCGAGAUAAAGCAUCUUCAAGAUUGAAACUCACUAGCAUUUAUUUGUUGUAGCAUACCAAAAAUGUCUAGAAGAUGCAAAACCUCUUGUUCUUGAGACUUAUUGAAGACCCACAAAAUGAAGCUUGCAAAUAAGGCAUGGAUGUAACUGUUUCGGAUUCAGAAAUGUACCAUAAGGCAUCUUCGCCACAUUGGAUCAUUUGGAUAGGUUGUUAGAUUAAUUUUCGAUUGAUAUUAAAAAUA